GAUGGUAAAAGAUUGUUGAUUGGUGCUCCGGGAAGCUGGUACUGGCAAGGCCAGUUGUACAACUACAAGACUGAAAAUGGUGGAAGCAUAUUGAGUUCUACACCAGAGGGGAAACCAACAGAAGAUGAUACAUACAAGGGUUACUCUAGUGCCAUUGGAGAGUUUGAUGGAGAUAACAACGAUGACUAUGUUGUUGGUGUUCCAAAGGGUGACUAUUAUCUUGGCAGGGUUGAAUUAUUUACUCAGAAUCUGACAGUUUUUGGAUCAUUGGUUGGAGAGCAGAUUGGAUCCUAUUUUGGAUAUUCACUAGCAGUUGCAGAUUUGAAUGGAGAUAGAAUGGAUGACAUCAUUGUUGGAGCUCCAAUGUAUGCAGAAUUAGAAUCUUCUGAUACAUUUGAUACUGGCAGAGUGUACAUCUACUAUCAAAUUAGUAAUAGAAGCUUCUCAGCUCAGAACAGAGACACACUGGAUGGGCAGUCGAGUAGCUCUCGUUUUGGAAUGGGUUUAAGUACCCUGAGAGAUAUCAACAAUGAUGGAUAUGAUGAUCUUUGUGUUGGUGCCCCAUAUGCUGGUGAGGAUAAAAGAGGUGCAAUUUAUAUUUAUCAUGGUUCUAAAAAAGGCAUAAUAACAGUUGUAUCUCAGAUAAUCUAUGCCAAAGAUAUUAAGGCACCACUGUCAACGUUUGGAGUAUCUGUGUCUGGGGGCUUGGAUCAGGAUCAGAACAACUAUCCUGACUUGCUUGUUGGGGCCUAUAAGUCUGACAGUGCUGUCUUUUUAAGAACCAAACCAAUAGUUCGAGUCACUGUAAACCUUCAAGUGGAUCCUCAAGUGAUCAGCUUGGAUUCGGAUUUGACCCUUUUAUCCUGUAUUGCAUAUCAUGGAGUUGGAGUUGCAGAGGAGCUAAUGUUUGAUGUCUCAUGGGUUUUGGAUGCAACGGAAAACAACAACACUGUACAUGAGCAGCGGGCAUUUUACACCAACAACGUGGGAAACCACACAGAAACUAAGACCUACAAGGUUGAGAAAGCGAAGAAUUUCUGUACAUCCUCCUAUGCUUUUGUUAAGAAAGAUCCUAAUGAUAAGCUGAGUCCAAUCAAAGUAACUAUGAAUUUCAAGUUAAAUGAAGAAAGUCUUAAAUCCAGAGGACGACGAGAAUUGCCUCCAAUUCUUGAUGCUUAUAUUCCAACGUCUACAUCAUUUACUGUACAUAUAUUGAAAGACUGUGGAAUUGACAACAUCUGUAUACCAGACCUUGCUGUGAAUCAUGUUAGAGUCCCUAGUGAGCACAGAAUAGGCAGCACAAUGCCUUUAGAAGUGAUCAUAAUUGUUUUCAAUCGGGGAGAGGAUUCAUUUAAUACAAAUUUAUGGAUUGAUCUGCCUACUGGAGUCACCUAUAAAACCAUUUCACAUCAGAGAUCCAAUGUAGCCAUCAGUUGUGACACCUUGAAAGAUGACAGCAGCAAAGUUCAGUGUGGUUUGGGAAAUCCAAUGCAGAAAGGAUCUCAGUCUGAAUUCACCCUGGUUCUCACUCCAACAAAUGCCAAUAACACAAAGGAAAGACUUAUGUUCAGCUUGUUUGUAAACAGCACAAAUCCAGAGCAGGCAGACAGCUAUGACAAUAAUUAUGCCAGUUUUGAAAUUCCAGUGACGAUAGCUGAACCAGACAUUAUCAUAUUUGGAAUUUCCACCCCACAACUUGUUGUACUAAACACAACUGAAGUUAAAGAAGAUCAGGCCAGAGAAAUGAAACAUGUAUUUCAGCUAAAAAAUCAAGGAACUAGUGCAACAAAUGAGACAGAACUUCAAAUUAAGUGGCCAAGCUACGAUACACAGGGUAAUCCAGUACUUGUGAUUAAUAAAGACCUGAAGAUCGAAGGCACUGGUAUGUGCAAAAUUAUCAUCCUGACACCUAUCAAUGCAACGGGCUAUACAGAUCUUGGUAACCCACAUGCAAAAGUAGAGUUAUAUGGGCAAGGAGUUAGAAAGAAAAGAGAGGCCGGCGGAAAUACAGUUGCAUGCUCAGAUCGAUACUGCACUCUAAUCCAAUGCAAUGUUGGCUACCUGGGUCCCUCUCAAAGUUUUAUUGUAACUGUUCAGUCUCAUCUGAUGCUACGAAGUUUUAUUCAGAGACGAGAAGCAACUGAGAUGUAUCACAUUACUGCAAUAGCAUUUGCUAAAGUGAAGUCAGUUCCUUAUGACUUUGUAUCUGUUGACAAAAGCCAGUUUGGAUUAAAGAGACAUGAGGUCAUAACUAAGAUAAACACUGAUCUUCACAAACCAGCAAGUAAAGGUGUGGAUAUGUGGAUCAUUGCAGUUUCAGUCACUGCAGGCCUGCUGGCACUGCUGUUACUUAUUCUGCUGCUGUGGUGGUGUGGGUUUUUCAAGAGAAAGAAGCCAGUGGAGGAGGGUUACUUUGUGGUCAAUGGAAAAUCUGUUGAUAACACAGUUGCUGACUGA